GAAUUAAUCUUCUAUAUAAACGUAUUCAUACUCACUCAUUUUUAGGUUUUACAACUAAGAAAUAUCAGUCGUAUUCAAAUCUCCUUAACCAUGGUGAAGAGCAUCAUUGUCAUCGUAGUAGCUAUAUGCCUCCUCUCUCUACCAAAUCCUACCGUGGGAUCACAAAAGAAACCGUGGCCUAUGCCGUCCGACCUAGCCAACCACAAUGGAAAGUUCGGUGACUCUAAGGUUUCUUGGGCUUGCUCCGAGUCAUCCGAUCCAAACUCUCCUCCUUCACCCCCUGGCUCGUUCCCCACUAUCCCCAACAUUCCCGGGAUACCAAACAUCCCUCAAAUCCCUAUCCCACAGAUUCCAGCGAUACCGAACAUCCCUAUCCCACAGAUCCCAGGGAUACCGAACAUCCCUAUCCCACAGAUCCCAGAAAUACCGAACAUCCCUAUCCCACAGUUCCCAGAAAUACCGAACAUCCCUGGUCUACCUAACAUUCCUAGUCUAGGAGGAUCAUUUAGCCCGUUCGAGUCUGUUCUCGUGUCGCAGUCCAGUGAGUUAGAGAAGUGUUUGACUGGUGAUAAGUCGAAGGGGUCGGAGAAAUGUUUCUCGCAGGUCUUUUCGAGUUGGGCAGAUAACGACUUGUCUUUGGACAAAGAGUGUUGUGAGAUCGUUUUGAAUAUGGACAAGAAGUGUAACGGCCAUCUUCACAUGAUGUUCAAGAGCCAUUUCUUUGCUCCUCUCCUUCAGUACUCUUGUCACAUCAAGCACGCCAAGAAAAACUAAGCGUCUCUCCAACGUUUUGUGUUUUCUUUGAUUUUUUCUUUAGUUUUCUGUUAGGGUUUUGUUUUUUUUAGUCCAUUUCCAAUGGACAUUUUUUGAUUAAUUCUUUGUCUAAUUAAUAAAAUAAUAGUUUUUAAUUUGUCUUA